CAAAGAAUAUCAAAUGUCUGGUUUUCUUUUUGCUUCUUUUUAUGCUAGAACUCCGCCCAAAGUUUGAGGGCUAUAAAACCCUGGCAAUUAAAACCCCUCAGAUGCUUUGCGCAAUCCCAAAGUGACCUGCAUCCAGCACCGAUGGCAUCUCAAGGCAUCCAGAUCCUGGGCAUCAUGCUUGCCAUGAUAGGCUGGUUUGGGACCAUCAUCACCUGUGGCAUGCCAAUGUGGAGGGUCACAGCCUUUGUUGGAGCGAACAUCGUGACGGCACAAAUCAUCUGGGAGGGUCUGUGGAUGAGUUGUGUGGUUCAGAGCACCGGACAGAUGCAGUGUAAGGUCUACGACUCCAUGUUGGCUCUAUCGCAAGACCUGCAGGCUUCCAGAGCCAUGGUUAUCAUCUCCAUCAUGGUGGGCAUCUUUGGAUUCCUGAUGGCUGUGGUUGGAGGAAAGUGCACCAACUGCUUGGAGGACGAAGCAGCCAAAGCCAGAGCUUGCAUCGUUUCAGGGGUGGUUUUAAUCAUCGCUGGCUUUCUCAUCCUGAUACCUGUGUGCUGGUCUGCACACACUCUUAUCAGGGACUUCUACAACCCUUUAGUAACAGAAUCCCAGCGGCGGGAGCUGGGAGCCUGUCUUUACAUUGGCUGGGGAUCUGGAGGCCUCUUGUUGCUGGGUGGUGGGCUGCUUUGUUGGAACUGCCCAUCCAAUGACAAUAGGCCCUACGUGGCAGCCAAAUACAGCCCUGUCAUAUCUGUGAUCCCAGCAAUGAAUUAUGUGUGAGAAUAACCUUAAGAUAUGUGGCAAGUAUACUGUGUAAAAUGACUGAAAUAGACUAUCAUACAAAUUAUCAUGACUUUGUCAUUUGUUAAAUGAAGAUGACUGAGUGAAAGC